AUGUGGCGCAUGGCUACAGCUGAACUGAGCAAGAGAACGGUCUACAAGGGCCAGAAGUUGCUCUUCAUGGGCACCAUCAAAGCGACUAUCAAGCACAUCUACAUCAAUGGCCAUUCGGUACAUUCUGGAUACUUCUCGCCAAGGACCAGACCCGUAUUUCGCAGCGAGUCUGCGCGGUAUGUCCUGUUCUUGCAGAUGUCAAAAGAAAUGUGGGACUUCGAUGCUGAAGGUGCUGGCGAGAUCAUGUUCAACAAGGUCGUGGGAGGUUUCCUCCCAGAUUUGUUCAAGAGAUGGCUCAGAAUCAACGCAAGACAUCUAGUAACUAUCAUACUCUUCACGAGGAUGGAAUAUGACGGUGAGGUUUCAACUGAACGAUCCACGAGUACGCCCAGGCGGAAUGACUCGAAAGCUCAGUCCAAUACUUUUCGCGAUUACUAUCGCGUCGUUGUAAGCGACAUGGCCAGUGGAGACUGGAUCAACAUUCUCUACCAGUUGAAGAAGGAAUUUAGAACGUUCCUUCGCGAGGUCUCCAUUGCCCCAAGACCCCUGGCUCAACAAGAACGGUAUUCGAAAGCCGAGCCGGAUGGUGCAGAACCAGAUAUGAUUGUAGCUGGCAAGCCCACAUCUGCCAGCCAAGGGAACAUCCUCGAAGCUAUCAAUUUAGCGGCUGCGCAAUUUUCCAAGGACUAUAUUGAUCGAGUUUUUGAGGUCGACUACAACAUGCUGAAGCUGACAACGGACACUCUCAUGGGCUCAGGUAUCGGCAUCGACCUAGUUUGUUUGUCACCUAUGCCACUGCAUUCGGUUCCGUUGUUCAAGUACCGCACCCCACGCUCGGUAUCCGCCGUUGAAUCUUUCCUUGCGAAGAGACAGGGUGAGAGGCGCAGUUCGGUGAAAAACUUCGCGGAUCUAGAGGACAGGACGCCACGUCAAUAUGAAUCUGUCCUUGGCUCGCUGGUACGCACGUCGUCUUCGACUGCUCUUCAUUCUGUGGCCGAAGAAAUCUCAGCUGCCGCCUCGGAGAAUCCCGAUGAGUGGCGAUUCGCAAUGCCCUACUGGGUUGAUGUGUCAUUCUGGUCCGGCACAGCUGAUGAUACCUUGGAGUUGACCAAGCCAAGGAAAGCCGACAGAAUAGUGAAGCGUACCCGAAAGAAAGGCAGAGUGUUUGCUUUACGCUGUCGCCUAUACGAGUUGCAAAUGAUGGGUGUCUUAGAGAACGAACUUGGAGACAUUUCGAUCCCAUACCUGGAGGAGGACCCUUUGUACCCACAUCAUAUGGGCGACCGUACCGAAUCGUCCGAAGCAAGAAGGGCGGCCGAAGAAAAGGCUGUCUUGAACUCCUCCAACAAUGCAACAGGGUCUUACUCUUCAAGGGGCGAUAGAGACUUUGGUGAGGAUCACUUCGACGAGAGAAGUGUUGCAUACAAGGCUUGGAUGGAAGCUUAUGACGAUAGAGUCUUUUCACCAGUGCCUCAGCCCGCGAUGACGAUGGAACAGCGAGGAAGGGGUGAUUCGCAUCUCAACCAGUCUCCAGAGUUGUCAAGAAGCUCGUAUCUCUCCACAUCGGUUCGCAGCGUUGAACCCGCUUUCGGCAAGACAGCUCGACCAUCGCAAGAUGCUACAUUCCAUCAAAUCAUGCCCCGGACCCGCGUCGUCCCAGUGUUCACCGACGCGGUGGCUCAGGAGACUCACAAGAUCACCACAUGUCCAUGCGAUCGACUCCACGGCACUCACCAGCGCCAAGCAGAGCACACUCUCCCCCCAGAAGCAUACGGUCACAGGUCGUGGGGCCCCCAGCUCCGUCUAACAACAUUGGGCCAAUGGUCGCCAAACCCGAGGCGAAGCCCCGACCUGAACGAGGACGACGAGAUGGAAACCCCCAAGUCCAGAGAAUCCCUGAUUCGAGAACUCAUCGCUUUCCGUCUUUCCCAUGGCUUUCAGAUCAUUGUUGGCUCUGCAGUCGCAGAGUUUUCCGGGCGGAACGAAAGAGCUCUGGCGAGUGUGCUAGCUCCAGACUAUAUGUCUACUGAUGGGGACACAGUCUUCAUGAGUGUUGGCAACAGCAUUCAUCAGUUGGUCUGCGUGGCUGGUGGCGAGGUCGAAGUCAAACGCUACAAUAGAAAGCCUACUACAGCCUUGGAGGAUUCGGCAGGUGUCGAUACUCCCUUUCCAUACAAAGCUUACAUUCGCACAGCUUUCGAGGAGAAAUAUACACCACGAGACAUCGUCCUGCGUCCGCCAAGGAAGGAGUACAAUUGGAACUUUAUUGACACAUUCUUAGCUGGCUAUCACGAUGAGCUGUCUGAUGUGCUGCGCUUCUGGAGAGCUCGAUUCGUUUUGAUCCCUGUGGAAAUACCUAUCGUAAACCGGCGCCCUCUGACCAUGCUCACCGAGGAUUCAGAGGAAGAGAUACAUUCCACCCGAGGAGCGCACACAUUCCAGGCAGCGACGUCUAAAAAACAAAAGGAUCCAAAUCCGCUUGCAAUUGCGUACCAUACACGCGACCCAUCUGCGGUCUUGGCUGCCGGUCCUGACACGGCCUUGUACAAUGAGAAUGAAAGUGAAUUGCAGAGUACACUUUUCUCCGAGACAGAAAAGUAUCACACAUCCAACAUUGACCUCAAGAAGCUUGCCGAAGACAUUCAGGGCGAGAAGGGUAUACAGGUGCUUGACAGAAGAUGGCUUCGAUUCUGGUCAACUGGCUUUUGUCCCAACUUCAAGGACCUGGAGACCCGCGACGACGCUGUUGAACUGGGCAACGAACUGAUGAACAAGGGACUAUUCAUGCACGUCCAGAAACGACACCAUUUCCGCGAUGGAAACUUCUUCUUCCAAAUAGCUCCAGAGUAUCGAGCUCCGCGGUCCGACUCCCGCACAGGCUGGUUUGGGAUGCGCAAGUCGGACAAAUCUGUCCCAUCUACGCCGCUCUCAGACGGAAGCUCUUCCAGUACCUCAGACUCAAGUCAGGAAGGAGAGAAGACGCCCACACGUAUCAGCAGCCCGAAACGUAAAGUCACUUUGUCUCGCGUCAUGCGCUACGAUGUAGACUCGCGUAAGCGAUCCUAUCGUCCCGAGAUCAUCUCCCUGCACUAUGACCGUCUGCACAACCCAGACAACUGCUACCAUAUUCGUAUCGACUGGAUGAAUGUCACAGCGAAGCUCAUAGAGGACGCCAUUGUCACAUGGGCGACGAGCGUCGAAAAGUACGGCCUGAAACUUGUAGAGGUGCCCAUUUCCGAGGUCGCGGACAUCAUCGAUCAUAAUCCCUUCCGGUCUCCAUACUCAAUCAAACUGGCACUACAGCCACCCCAGGCUCAACCAGAGGCAGUCUGGGAUUCGACACAUUUCUCUCCGCAGUACGCCAACGCAGACAAGUUCGCUUACCAUAAAGCUCUCCUUCGCAAGCUACACUUCGUCUUGGACAUGGAGGCUGCGAGCGCCUUUCCAUCAGACAUCGACGUGACUUACUCCUGGGGCAACCCAGACUACAAGUACACACAAUUCAUCCACUGCAGCGGAACACUCCUCGCCCAGAUCACCAACUCCGGCAACUUCAUCCUCCUCGCCAACCGACUCGCCCACAACCGUGCCAAAGACAACGGCCGCAUCCGCCUCACCGACCCCUACGAGCACAAAAAAGCAACCACAGACGGCAGCCAAAGCAUCCGUAUGCCCUCAACCCCCGCCGAGCGCGCCAACCCCCACCGCAGCCCCUUCUCCAGCCCUCUCGCGCGCCCCGUCCAAGACGCAAGCCUCCUGCACACCGCAUUCCAUGACAAGCCCCUCACCGCAUCGACCCAACUAGCCCACGCCGUCUCCCUCACCCCCGAACAAGUCAAAGACGAACUCGAAUCUUUCUGCUCCGACCCCGCCGCCCUUUCCGCAUUCUACAACGAAGCAUUUAAACAGGCGCCUUCGCCAUCUCCGCGUAUCUUACCGCAUGGGCUGGACGAUAAAAUCCCGAGCCUGGGUCUCCCGCCCGCGAUUAGUAUCCGUGAGGCGAGUCCCGCGGGGUCAGGGUGGACGCUGAGUUCGACGUUCACGGGGAGGGGAGGUAGUGGGCUUGUUGAUAUGCAUGUGGGCAUGGGCAGUGGGAUUGCGGGUAGGAGACAGGCAAGUGAGACGAAUAUGGCGGGGAUGGGGAGGAGGGGGAGUGUGAUGGAUAUUCAUGAGGGUGGGCCGAGGAGGCAGGAUAGUCAGGGGAGUUUGGGGAGUGAGGGAAGGAAGUAG